CUGGACCCGUAGCACCAGGAAUAGACGUCCUGGUCCCUUCAGCGACAUAUAAACAUAUAAGGCAUGGUGGAUAGGCAAUAUGAUUUCCACCUCGUAAGCCAAGCUCACCCACUCUCAUUGAUACCAUGCGGUCGAAUAUCGUUCUUUCCUUGGCACUUUGCGGCAUUCCCUUAGCCGUAUCCAAGCCGUUACCCGAAGCAGCAAGCAAGCCUGGCACAUCGAACAACACAGUCCAGGGCUGUCUCAACGCAGCCAAGGCACCGGUCGCCGUAUCUUCAUCUUCGGAUUGGUCCGACGACAUUCGGCCCUACAACUCUCGUUUGCAGUAUACUCCGGCCGUUGUCGUGACGGCUACCGAUGUCAGUCAUGUGCAGGCUGCCGUGAAGUGCGGAGCGCAGUACAACCUUAAGGUCACGGCCCGAGGUGGUGGUCACAGUUACUCCUCCGCAGGACUCGGCGGCGAGAACGGCCAUGUGGUUGUGUGGUUGGACGAGAUGUACGGCGUUACGUUGAACUCUGAUAACACUGCGACGGUGCAAGCGGGUGCGCGGCUCGGGCACAUCGCAACGGAGCUGUUUGACCAGGGAGGUCGAGCUAUCUCGCAUGGAUCGUGUCCUGGUGUUGGAAUGGGACAUGUCUUGCAUGGCGGCUUUGGGUUCUCAUCGUCCAUGUACGGCCUUGCGGAAGACUGGAUCGCCGAGGCAACCGUAGUCACGGCUGAUGGAAAGGUUGUCAAAGCAUCACAAACCCAGAACACGGAUCUCUUCUGGGCUCUCCGUGGCGCGGGGUCAUCGUUUGGUAUCGUUACCGAGUUCAAGUUCAACACGUUCGCAGCUCCCUCGGUCGUCACCUGGUUUAAGGUCACAUCCGCAUUGAAGAAGGACAAGCUGGCUGCGGCUCUUGUAGCUCUUCAGAAGUAUGCCCAAAAUGACAAGCCUCUCGAGUUGAACAUGCGGGCCGUUGUCACCGCUGACAGCACCGCGUUUGACGGUCUCUACUACGGAACUGCGGACCAGACACGCGCCGUGCUCAAGAAGUUCCUGUCUCCCCUGGGCAUCGACGUCGGUGGCGCCACUAUUACCCAGACCGAUUGGAUCGGUCAGCUUGAGCACUACGCCGGUACAGCAAGCCUUGACGAGACUGGACCGCAGAGCCUGUCAGAUACAUUCUAUGCCUCGAGUCUCAUGACCAAGACGGUCUCGAACGCAGGCUUCGCUGCUUUUGCCGACUACUACCAGAAUACGGCAAAGUCGACGGACAGUGGCUGGUUCGUCCUCAUUGACGUUCACGGUGGCAGGACAAAGACAGCUCAAGUCUCAAACACGGCGACCUCUUAUGCUCACCGGGACAAGGUGCUCAUGUGGCAGUUCUACGACUCUUCUGGUGGUAAUGCGUACCCCAAAUCCGGGUACAAGUUCCUCAGCAAAUGGAUGUCUUCGGUAACAAAUACGAUGGCAAGUAGUGAUUGGGGGCGUUACGUCAAUUACGCCGACUCUCAGCUCAGCAACGCGGACGCGCAGGAUCAGUACUACCGGGAUAAUCUGGGGCGUUUGAAGAGCAUCAAAGCCAAAUUAGAUCCCAAGGGCUUGUUCACCUACCCGCAGGGUGUGGGCUCAUAACACGUUAAGCGCAUACAUGUAGUUAUCUACUCACUUUGAAAUUGAUUUCACACAGGGGCGUGUAGGCAUAUUAUUUGAAUGAGACACAAAAGCAACGGUAGCAUCGAUAGCAUCAAA